AUGACCAGAGCACAUACUGCGGUCAUCAUAGCAAAGCUGCCAAGGUUGCUGACCAGCUGUGGGAGGAUUGCUAUUGAACAGCUGUGUAUUCUCACAGGACAAUGGGGCAAAAUGGCCCCACACGAUAGAAGACAUUUCAUUGGCCGAGCGCGCGCAGCUUCGUGGAUUGGCAUCAACUUCGCAGAGUCUGCUCGUGACACUGGUCUUUCCCAUUGGUUUCGCUCUCUGGAGAGGAGCGUCUGUGUAGAGACAAGCUCUGAGGAUGGGACAGAGAGCAUCCGCCGCUCUCAACCUUCCAGCCACUGCACCCCCCAAAGUAACACGCAAAACACUCCCUGGCACUGGGAGAUUGUCGUCAAAACAAAUCCUUGGGUCAAAGGUACCGGCCAGGCUGUCGGGGAGGCCUUUCACAUCAAGGGCGCGACUCAGGCUAUCUUCACCUACGAGCGGAAGCAAAACGUGAAGUACGGCUCCCCGUCAUCGUUCAAGGGAUGUGUGCUCGUCGGCCACAUCAAUGCGACGGCUCUGGACGCGGCGGACCAGUUGCUGAGCACGGUACCCAUUGUCAACGGCAAUCAUAACUGGAACUGCCAGAACUGGGUGGUACUCGCCAUCUCUGCGCUGGAAAACCAAGGGAGGGCGUUCUUCAAGCUGAACAAGGGCAGGCCAGUCAAGCAGGUGGACCUGCUUGCGAAGAUGGUCCCGCUGGCCACGGCUUACGAUGCUGUGGUCCAAUCUGAGGACGAGCUGUGA